CUUGACGUUUUAGGAGUUGAGGUUAACCCUACCAAGGGAAAACAAUUUUCAAAUAUAUUUUUUCCGAAAAUAUGGAACAUGCACAGGAUACUCAACAUGAAGAUCAGGAUUUGUUCACACAUUUUCCAGCUGUUGUCCAAAAAGCAAUCGAAGAGGUACUGCCAAGCAAAGAUCCAUUAGAUGAGCCCGAUUUCAAUAGCAUUGAUUACAUUAACUCAUUAUUCCCCACUGAGCAAUCCCUCUCUAAUAUAGAUGAAGUAGUGUUAAAAAUGGAAAACAAAAUCAAUGCAAUAGACAAUGAAAUAAGCAGUGUAGUUCGGGGCCAAAUUGAGGCCAGUGAAGAUGGAAAACAAGCUCUAGAAGAGGCGCAAAAGGUCAUUAAGCAGCUAUUCACACACAUUACUGAUAUAAAGGAGAGAGCAGAAAAGUCAGAGGAGAUGGUGCGAGAAAUAACAAGGGAUAUCAAGCAGCUAGACUGUGCUAAAAAGAAUCUAACGCUAGCUAUAACAACACUGAACCAUCUGCAUAUGCUAGUAGGAGGUGUGGAUACACUGAAAUCACUCACUCAGAAAAGAUUCUAUGGGGAAAUAGCUUUGCCUCUGCAAGCAAUCAGUGAGGUAAUGACACAUUUUGAAAAUUAUACAGAUAUACCUCAAGUAAAGAAUCUCAGUGAUCAAGUGAAACAAAUACAUGUUGAAUUAGCAGAGCAGAUUACACAUGACUUUAAGGAAGCGUUCUCAGGUUCAAACAAGACUACAAUUCCGAAUAAACAGCUGGCCCAGGCGUGUUUAGUGGUAUCAAUCCUAGAUCCAAAAGUGAAACGGGACCUCCUGAAAUGGUUCAUAGACCUUCAACUGCAGGAAUACCACCACUUAUUCAAUGAAACUGAAGAUACAGCUUGGCUCGAUAAGAUCGACAAGCGCUAUGCUUGGCUUAAAAGACAUCUCUUGGAAUUUGAGGACCGCUUAGGGAAUAUGUUUCCCCAAAAUUGGGAGGUGUCUGAACAGAUCGCAGUCCAGUUUUGCCAUAUUACCAGGGAAGAACUCUCAAAAAUAAUGGCAAAAAGGAAGAACGAGAUUGAUGUGAAAUUGUUGCUCUACGCUAUUCAGAAGACAUCUGCUUUUGAAAAUCUGCUCUCCAGAAGAUUUACAGGAGUUACUCUCAGUGAAGAUUGUGCCAAAUCAGAAGGAUCCAGACACGUAAAGCAGGCGGAUUUGACAGCUGACACUUUGGAUGAGAGGGAUAUGGAUUUGAAUUCAUCACCUUUUCAUGGGCUAAUUGGUGAGUAGACCAAAAUUCUGUGAGUGGAUAUCAGUGGCUGAUAUAAUGAUACAAGGUAAAUGUUUCAUCCCACAUCUUCAAAUCUACAUCGACAGUGUGGACAGAAAUCUGUCUGACCUGAUAGAUCGUUUUGUCAUGGACCAAAAACAGAGCAUUCCCACUGAAGCUACCGAAACCCAGGCCGCCAUCUUGCCCAGUUGUCCAGAUUUGUUUGUAUUUUAUAAAAAGAGCAUGAUUCAAUGCAACCAACUGGAUAGAGGGCAAACCAUGCUCAGUCUGGCAAAGGUUUUCCAAAAAUAUUUGCACGAGUAUUCCGAAAAGUUGCUUAUGAGCAAUCUACCUAAAAUAGAAACGCAGACGUUAGGUGCUUCUAUGCAGAAUUUCACCAAAGAUUUACAGAAAAUAUCUACGUCGGGAUUAAUACAUAAUUUUUCGUCACUUCUGAAGGAAGGUGAAGUCACAAGGUUCACAAAAGAUGAGCAAACAAAAAUUUGUUACGUUUUAACUACCGCAGAGUAUUGUUUAGAAACCACGCAACAGUUACAAGAUAAGCUAAAGGAGAAAAUUGAUCCUUCCUUGGCAGACCAGAUAGAUUUUUCUAAGGGGCAAGAUGACUUCCACAAAGUAAUCUCGAAUUGUAUACAGAUUUUGGUGCAAGAUUUGGAAAAUGCUUGUGAACCUGCCCUAACAGCUAUGAGUAAGAUUCAAUGGCAGAACUUCGAUACAGUUGGAGACCAAAGUCCGUACAUCACAGCGAUAACAACACAUCUAAAAACGACAGUUCCUAUAAUCAGAGAUAAUUUAUCGCAUUCCAGAAAAUAUUUCACCAAGUUUUGUAUCAAGUUUGUGGAUAGUUUCAUUCCAAAGUUUAUUCAAAGUAUUUAUAAGUGCAAACCGAUUAAAUCAGAAGGUGCAGAACAGCUUUUGCUUGACACUCAUAUGUUGAAGACGGUCCUGUUGAAUCUGCCAUCGAUUGCUUCUCAGAUUAACCAUCCUGCGCCAGCAGCAUAUACAAAGGUGGUUACAAAAGGACUGACAAAAGCAGAAAUGAUUUUGAAAGUGGUGAUGACACCUGCUGAUCCUCCGAAGAAUUUUGUAGAGCAAUAUAAAAUGCUGCUUCCCGACUGUCACUUAACAGAGUUUUAUAAAGUUCUGGAGAUGAAAUGCGUCAAGAGACAAGAACAGGCUGUGCUGGUAGAAUUGUUUAAAAGCUACAAAUAAUUAUACGUACUCAAAUAUGUAAAUUUUAGUUUAAAGUAUUUUUUAUUUAUUUUGUUCAUAUAUUGUUUACGUAAUUUAUGAUGAGUAUUGAAUUAAUAAAUUUCUAUUGACA